GCGGAUCCUCAGAGGGAGUGAAACUCUGCACGGGACUCAAACCCAAACUCUUCCCCAGUCUACAAUGGCAGGAGGAAACCUGCAGGAGGAAUACACUGCUCAGCACUGCACUUUCUUUCUGCGCGAGAACAAAUAAAAACAAACAAACAAACAAACAGGCGAUGGAACCAAUAACAGCGUGGACUCCGGCUCAGGUUGUGGACUGGAUGAGAGGACUGGACGACAGUAUCCAGCAGUACAUCCCAAACUUUGAAAAGGAGAAGAUUGAUGGCCAGCAGCUGUUGAAGAUCUCCCACCAGGACCUGAAGGAGCUUGCCGUUAGUCGUGUUGGCCACCAGGAGCUCAUCCUAGAAGCUGUGGAUCUUCUCUGUGCUCUGAACUACGGGGUGGAGACUGAAAAUCUGAAGACGCUGGUUGGCCGGAUGAGAGCAGCAUCUAAUAACUUGCACAACUGUGCUUCAGAGAGAAGGAGAAGCCCAUCGCAAGACAGCAGCGCUUCAAACAAACCACCCAACGAGUUCCUGACAGCAGUAGUGGAGCUGAUAGGAGCAGCCAAGGGCAUGCUGGCCUGGCUGGACAGGACGCCUCUGACAGGCAUCAGUGACUUCACUUCCAUCAAGAACAGGAUCAUCCAGCUGUGUUUGGAGCUCACUACGACUGUGCAGAAGGACUGUGCUGUGUAUGAAAUGGAGGAGAAGAUACUGGAAGUGGCUCGAGUUUUAACUGGAGUCUGUGAGGCGACCAGGAGGACGACCUUUGACCCCUUGAAGAGCCGCACUACCUGUCUGGAGGAGGUCCACAUCGCUGACGUCAAACCAGAAGAGGGGCUAGGGAUGUACAUCAAGUCCACAUAUGAUGGGCUGCAUGUGAUCACUGGAACCACAGAAAAUUCUCCAGCAGACAGAACUCAACGCAUCCACGCCGGUGACGAAGUGGUGCAGGUCAACCAGCAGACAGUGGUGGGCUGGCACCUGAAGAACCUCGUGUCCAAAAUGAAGGAAAAUCCGCACAGUGUGGUGCUCAGGUUGAAGAAGAGGCCGUCAGGAACGGGCAACUUCACUCCUGCGCCUCUGAAGAACCUGCGCUGGAGGCCUCCGGCUGUGCAAAACGCUCCUCCUGGCCAUUGUGCUCACUCAUCCAAUGUAGAAAGUUCUGCUAAGAAAGAGAAGCCAGCCAUCUUGGACCUGUACUUACCCCCACCUCCAGCUGUGCCCUACAUGCCACGGGACAUGAAGGAUGGCGCAUGUCCACAGGUCAGAAUGAGGCAAAAAGCUCCUGAAUCCCCGAACUCAUCUCUGGACCGAGCCGAGAGACGGCGCUCUAAUCUCAUAGACUAUGUUAGUAAACCCAACAUCAGCAUCUCCCCUCCAGAGAUCACCAUCCCUCAGGCCCGACUCCGCCAGCGCAAACCCUCUAAAGGGAAGCCGCGGCCCGUGUCUAUGCCUGCAGACUCGUGUGUGGGCCUGUCUGAUUCCCCCUGGGCUUUUGGGAGGAAAGGUGAAAACGUGCUGCGCAUGUACAUGAGUAAUGAGCAAAUUCCCCCGAUCGCUGAAGAAGUCCCGAGUUUUCCUGUGCCAUACCGGCCGGCUAGUGAGAAGCAGCUCCUACGUGGAGUCGACCACAUCCGCGGCAGUCAGUGCUUCAUUAAUGCCGAGCUGCACAGCAGCGCCACCGUGCUGUACCGAGAUACCACACGCCGCAAGAACCGGACCACACGCUCCUCCAAGAGGUCCUCGGAGCCUUCGCCUCUCAGCGCCUGGUUCGCUCGACUGAAGCUCUUCACACCAUCAUCGGUUCGCUCUGAGCGCGUAAAAGUUGAAAUGGAGAAAGCCGCUUUGUUAACCGAGACAGCUGUGUUGAAACAGAAAAGGGCUUUGGAAAAGCAGGAGCUACGGCUCAAAGCUGAAAAGGAAGAACAGGAGCUACAGCUCAAAGCUGAAAAGGAAGAGUUGGAGUUACAAGCAAAGCUCGCUGCAUCGAAUGCAAGAUUAGCUGUGUUAAGAAAAUAUGGAGGCUCAGAUGUGUCAAGCGGCUCUAAAGGCAGUAGGGUGGAUUCACUGAGGGCUACUCGGAAACAACAUGUCAGCUGCAAUAGGAGCAGUGGGGCUAGUAAUGUAUCUCAGCAUAGCCAUAGUAGUGGAAUAGCUGCCGAUGCAACGCCUGUUGUGCGACAAGAGCCUGUUACUUCAAAGGGCAAUUCUGCAAACACAGACAACCUGGCUUCUGUCAUGCAACGCCAAAAUGAGAUAACUGAGAGUCUAAUAAAGCAACAAAAGCUAUCUACAUUGCCUUCGCCGAAUAUUCCAGUUUUUAAAGGAGAUCCAAUGGAAUACCAUCUAUUCAUGAGAGCUUUCGAGCAUCGCAUAGAAAGCAAGACUGAAAACAGCAAAGAUCGGCUUUAUUAUUUGGAACAGCACACAUGUGGUCAGCCUAAUGACUUAGUGCGCAGCUGUCUUCAUAUGGAUCCUGAACGGGGCUACCCUCAAGCCAAGAAAUUAUUAAAGGAGCGCUUUGGUGACAAAUAUAAGAUCUCGAUGGCAUACCUGGACAAGGCUUUAAAUUGGCCUACUAUCAAGUCGGACGACGCUAAGGCACUUGAAGCAUAUGCUCUGUUUCUGAUCAACUGUAACAAUGCAAUGUCGGAUCUAGAGUACUUGGAUGAGAUGGAGAAUGCUGCUAACAUGCGCACAGUCAUCUCCAAGCUCCCAUACAGGCUGAGGGAGAAAUUCAGGAGUGUCGCCAUUGACAUUCAGAAGAAAGAUCGGCGAACAAAGUUCCAAGACGUGGUGUCAUUUGUAACCAAACAGGCUGAAAUGGCAGCACACCCUGUGUUUGGUGAAAUCUCAGGGGAAACUUGCUCUCAGAUGGGGGCCGGGGGUGCAGGAACCGUCCUCGCCAUUGUUCCAGUGAGAGUGAAGGCAAAGAAAGGCAACAAGGUGCUGACCUGUUAUGCGUUCCUGGAUCCAGGGAGCAAUGCCUCCUUUUGCACUAACAAGCUAGCCAACAACCUUAACCUGCAAGGAAAAAAUGUGAACAUCCUACUUACUACUAUGGGAGACCAAAAGACCGUCUCGUGCAAGGUGUUGCCAGACCUAGAAGUCAGCAGUCUGGAGGGGGAUGACUUUGUCGGGCUCACUGCUGUGUGGGCUGAUGGCUGUAUUGCUCUGGGCACGUUCUCAGCCUCUCUUACCUCCUCUGAUCUUCUCUGUCCUUGUCUUAAGCUUCCUCUACAAGACUUUCCCACUGCAACUUGUCAAGACGAUGCCGCUAUGAGUCGGAGGAGGGUCUCGGUGAAGGAACUGGGACAGGUGGACUGUCACGGCUGGCUCUACAAAAAGAGAGAAAGCCGAGCUUUCCUGAUGAAUAAAUGGAAGAAACACUGGUUUGUGCUGAAGGGGUGUUCUCUCUACUGGUACACAAGUGUGUUGGCUCUAAAAGCAGAGGGUUACAUCAACUUGCGAGACUUCACUCUGGACCAGGCGCAUGAAUGCAGGAGGAAGUUUGCUAUAAAGGCCAGCCACUCGCAGGUUGUGACACUCUUCUUUGCAGCUGAGAACUCACAAGAUAUGAACAUGUGGUUGAGUAAGUUAACUGCAGCUGCUAAAAAGAAAGAACCUCUAGAACUGGUUGCUGCAGAGUGUUACAGUGAAGACAGUGAUGAAGAGGAUGAUGUGGAAGAAGCAGAAGUCCAGUACACUGAGCAACUAACCACCAGUUCCACCAAUGGAUGUCUUCCUCCACCAUGCUGCAGCUCAUCCCCAUGCCAGGACAUGCUCCCCCUUGUGUCUCCCGUGUGUAACACCUCAGAGUGUGUGAGUUCAGACAGCGAAUCGUGGCUGGAGCUCAGUUCUAACUCUCAGGGUCCAGUGUGCACCAGCGAGCCCAGUGACAUCAGCCAGCUGCAGGAUUACCAUGACAACAAACAGCCUCCAUCUGAUGAACUGGAGAUGCUUUAUCUGCACCUCAAGAACGCCAGUCUGUCCCCGUGUGGAGAACUGCAGCCUGUGACGAAGUGGGACUACAGAUCAUCUUUCAUCAGACGCUGCAAAAAUGACACCAUCAACGAGAAGCUACACCUGAUCCGAACCCUCAACAGUACUUUAAAGGCCAAAGAGGCAGAUCUCCUGGCUAUUGAGCAGGUCCUAGCUGAUUCAACAUUAGAUGGCAGUAAGUACAGACAGUGGAAGAGUGCAAAUGUUCUCCUACUGGAAGAAAUCAACCAGAAAGCGAACACAGAAAAGGAAAAUCCAGGCUUUCAGUCGAAACCGAGCCCAUCCUCCACACCGGUUAUGUUCACAGAGACCAGCCUGUGAGCAUGAACAUGUACAAUUUAGGUUGUCUUUUGUCUUUCAGUGUUCAUCCUAGUGCUGUUGUCUAUUUAUUUAAUCAUUUUUUUAAAUGUGUGAUAAGCAGGGAUGUUGAACAUUGUCAUCUAGUAACUUUCAUUAUUUAUCACUUGCUCUGCAAAGCAUUGAUGACUGUAAAUGGACUUAUUUUGGAAUUGCACAUGUGGCUCUGUUACAAGAUGACUGCAAAACACUUAAGUUCAGUAAUAACUGAAAUGUUAUCACACAACGAUUGCUGUACUUUCUGUUUCACAUGCAGAAAGUGUGUGUAAAUGUUGACGUCAAACAUAAUGGUGUGAUUUGGAGAGUUAAAAAGGACAAACUCAUCAACUAAUUCGUUUUGAAUUUUCUAAAUAUAAAACUGUAUAUUUUUUCACCAAACAUCAGUCUAGGUAAUAUGUCUGAUGUCGCAUUUGGACACUAACCUGUUGCUGUCUUUCAUUCAGAAACAUUUUGUACAAUAGAAUGAAAGUUUUGACCAACAACUUGCGACAAAUCACUAGUAAAAUGUCUAUUUUUAUGUUAAGUUUUAAAUAUAUACAUAUAUGUACACUUUUACUGUAAAUAAAUCUCCAAAGUAUUGUACAUGUCCCAGUUGCUGUGAAAACGCAUGCGUUUUAUCUUAUUUCAAUAGAUGCAAUUAAAUCAUCUUCAUAUACAA